AUGCGUCUCCCUUUAGCGCUCUCUCUCACGCCCGCUCCCACGACGUCCCCCCUCCUCUUCGCCGCCGCUCUCCGCCUCGUUCUGCUCGCCCGGCGCGCCGGCUCCGGCCUAGCGAGUGCGGGGAUGGUCCCAGCUGGCGGGUCUGAGCAACCGUUGUACUCGUACGGACGCUCGCGCUCUGACACUAACUGGUCCAUCAGUCCGACUCCAAGUCCGCACGUUCGCCUCACAACUGGCUUAGAGAGUCAACACAUGCAGAAUGGCAACAGCGGAGCCAGGAGUGCUCACUGGGUUGGAACACACGUAGCGGGGCCGUCGCUGCUGUACCGUGAUGCUGUGGAUCCCACAGAAGGAGUGCACUCGCGAGAUGGCUACGGGGUCGGAGCUUGGCAGGCAUAUCCGCCUUCCGGAACAUCUUCGUCGUCAGCCCUGGAAUCGUCGAAGACUCAGGAAUCAUACAGUGAAACUGAGAGCCAACAAGCCAUGCUCAGAGCGGACCCCGCACAUUCGCCGCUGGUGCAUCCGGAACGCGUAUCUCUGGCAGCCGACGCACAUGGCGUUUCCGGAACCCAGUUCCUCAAGCGACACGAUGCACCGCUGCCGCCCGACACUGGCUCACGAGAAAUGUGGCACGAUGCCCUGAUUAGCCAGUCCCAAUCGCACGAAUCGUCUUACGAGCGGGCAAAACCACAAAUGGACCGUCCGUUUACAUGGAAUCAACCCUCUUCGAGUCCCACUGAAUUCCGUGCCUUCCCAUCCGGUGGUGUGGUGACCCGGCCGGUCACAGCUGCAGGCCCGUCCCUCCUAGCGCCCACUGAUGCAAGAGGCUCGCCAAUCAAUCCGUUUUCGGUGGCACAGUUCAUGGUUAAUAAGCUGAUUCAGCAAGAUGAGCGUUUCGUACAGGACCUGCUAGCAAGGCAUGGACCAGAUCUGUCGGAUGUCUCUCCUGGAGAUGUCGUUCACGCGCUUGCAAGCUCAGAUACAACACUCAGCAGGCUGUCACACUUCACUCGCAAGCACUUCGGGCCGACGCUGGAGAUGCUCAAAGACGCGCACAAAACGCUCGUAGAGACCCACUGGUCCACUGGGGGGCUUCGUGACGAAGGAACCGAGUUGUCCGACCCCGAGACAGCUGCUGUGCAGCUUGUUCGGUUCAUCCGAAGUGAUCCGCUGCUGCACACACUUUCUGACAUUGUGGUGAACCGCGUCUUUCCCGAUGUCGAGGCAUUCGUAGAAGCGGACGCUGGCGACAAUCCAGCGGCACUACCGGCGUUUGCGACACAUUGA